AUGGACUUCGAUCCUAUCGCAGAAAGAAAACAAGAACAAAAAGCCACAGCCUGGCUCCGUCUCUGGUCCAGCCGGCAGCCAGAGCUCCUAUCAAUGCACCUUGCCCACAAACACCGACCAGCCAGCGGCAAACCCGUCUCCGCAUGCCUCUGGAAAAGCGGAGCAUUCAACAUCUGCUAUCGAGUAAGAUACAACAGCAACGAAGAACCAGAUAUCAUCAUCCGUUUCGCCGCUCUAGGAAGAGCCAUUCUCCGCCGAGAAAAAGUCCAAAAUGAAGUCGCAACAAUGAACUACCUCCGCAAGACCACCUCGAUCCCCAUCCCCGAAGUAUACGCCUCGGGCAUCUGCUGGGCAGGUCCCUACAUAAUCAUGUCAUUCAUCGAGGGUGUACCACUAUCGCAGCCCCUUAAGAACCCUUCUGUCGAAGGACGACCAGUCCUAAACCCACAGAUAAGCAAUCACAGCUUGAAGCACGCAUACCGCGAAAUGGCCAUCCUAGUCCUCGAGCUCUCCAGAGUAGAAUUCGACUCCAUCGGCGCACUCGAAGAAACAGAGCAUGAAUGCUUCAACAUCACCAAACGACCUCUUACCUUCAACAUGAACGAACUAAUGGCCUCCGCAAACAUACCACUAGAAGCAUUCCCACCUCCCUCUCACACCUUCACUUCAUCCACAGAUUACCUCCGCUCCCUAGCUACACAGCAUCUCCUCCACCUUCGUCUACAACAACAAAAACCCUCCAUCACCAGCGAAGAAAACUUCCAGCGAAGACUGCUCGCUCGCUACCUAUUCCUAAACCUAACGAAGAACCUCCACCUCACUAACCCCCAUGGCCCCUUCCGUCUCUACUGCGACGACUUCCGUCCCUCAAACGUCCUCAUAGAUCUCAAUACCUCUCGCAUCUCAGCCGUGAUUGACUGGGAAUUCACCUACGCUGCCCCAGCUGAGUUCACAUACGUAGCGCCCUGGUGGCUGUUACUCCAGAGUCCGGAGGACUGGGAGGGGGAUCUGCAUCAAUUCCUGGAUCGGUAUAUUCCCCGAUUCUAUGUGUUUUUGGAAGUAUUGCGUGAGUGUGAAGACGAAUUAAUGGGGCAGGGGCUUCUCUCUGAGUCCCAGCGGUUGUCUCCGAGGAUAGGCGAGUCCUUGGACAAUGGGCUAUUUUGGAUUUAUUGGGAGUUUGUUGAUCGGCGGUUUUAUGGAGAUUUGGGGUCUUUGCAGGAUCGUGUACGGCUGUUGAGUGAGGAGCAGCGGCGGGAGAUGGAUGAGCUGGUGAGAGGUAAGUCUGGUCGGUGUGAUAGGGGUGAAGAUGAGUUUGAAGAUCAUUAUCCGAUUGAUGUGUUACUUGAGCUAUGA